AUGUUUCGAAUCAACCAAAUAGCGCUUGUCGCCGCUUUAGGCUUCUCGUCUAUCAGAAGCGUUACUUGUCAAAAGACUACCGAGGCGGUUUCCUCUAUUGCAGUCUACUCAACUACAUCAUCAUCUACUACUAGCAGCAGUGUACCGACUCAUACUGUUCUCAUCGGGAAGGCCGAUCACAAAGUUCAGCCAGAUGUUGUUCAAGCCGCAGUGGGCGACAUGGUCCAGUUCAACUUCUAUCCUGCCAACCAUUCUGUGGUCCGCGCCGAAUACCUAUACCCAUGUAUCCCGUAUGAGAUGACGGGAGCCGACAAAGUUGAAUUCUUCUCUGGAUUUCAGCCCGUAGAUGCUAUCCUUGACGAUCCUCCUACAUACACCAUACGGAUCAACGAUAGUCUUCCGAUUUUCUUCUAUUGUUCUGCUCCAGGUUCAUGCAUCAACUAUCAAAUGGUAGGGGUGAUCAAUCCGAACAAAUCGGUUUCACUUGAUGCUCAUAAACAGCGAGCUGCGAAGAGUUCUUUUAUGCUGAACCCAGGGGAGAAAUUCCCUGAUGAGGCCGCUUCGUCAUCUGCACUAGCACCGCAGUCCUCUGUAACUUCGCCCACUACAAGCGCCUUGCCUGGCAGUGAGCAUGAAGACAAAGGACUCUCAGGAGGGGCUAUAGCUGGGAUCGUCAUUGGAGCGGUUGCUGCAAUUGCAGUGCUUGCUGCACUGUUCUUUUUUGUUGGCCGGAACAAGUCGCUCAAAGAACGGGUUGGUGGCAAUUCUGACAACGUCAACCCGCAAGGCCCGCAGAUGUACCAAUCCCCAUAUCAAUCACCAGGAGGGGCGUUCUCUCGGGUACCGCAGCACGACCCGUACUUUGGCAAUGGUGGCAACGAAUAUAGGCCUGCAAUGGUUCCUCCCCAGACAGGCGGCCCUCCUUUGUACUCACCAUCCAACGAGUCGGGGCACCGCGGGUAUUUCACGGAAGUCGGGGUGCAUCCCUCGACAUUGGCAGACGGGAUGGCGCGAACGUCGGAAGCAGGCAGUCCGCCGCCGCAGCAAGCGCAGCGGGAAAAGGUGCACGAGAUGGCUGGGUGA